GAAGGAAGGCUCACCCUUUGCUUACUUAGAGACACACUCCCCAACCAGACCCACUGCUCCAUGGAGGAGUUGUGAGCAAGAGCAGCAGCAGCAGCAGCAGCAGCAGCACCAGCACCUCCUGACCGCCAUUCCGCACCCAAAAAACUUUCCAUCGCCCUCUUCGGGACUUCUUGCUUGGGCUCCUUCUCUCUUCCCUCCGUUUUGUGUGGCUGUGUAAGGAGGCUGUGGAGACACUGGCUGGAGCUGCCCAGCCCUGCCUUGCUUCCCCCUUCGUUUUAGUUUUUAAUUGUGAGGGGGGGGGGAUCAAAGAAGAGGGCCCCCAUGGACUGCAAGUGAAGGCAGCCUCCUGGUGCCUGUGGGGGUUGGGAGUGUGGUUUUGAUUCCUUUCCACUCUUCCCCAAGUUGGAGCUUUCCUUCUCUGGAGUGCAAAGCUGUCUGUGUGCCUUUGAGGGAGGGUACCUAAAAAUAGAAAACUGGCCUGAAGUGAAAUUAGGGGAAGCUGGGAAUUUGGCAGCAUUCCCCUGUCUCCCAGAAUUUCUCUACUGUCGACUGUAAAGAUCUCCAUGGUAACUCAAACCCCCAGCCUCUUCUCAGCAGCCUGCAAGAAGCAGUUUUCAACAGCUCAGAGGUCUCACGGCCAGAGUGUGGAUCACACUUCUUGCAAACCUCAUCAUAUUGAGGUGGGGCUAAGAUGAGCAUAACCAGUGACGAAGUGAAUUUCUUGGUGUAUCGCUAUCUCCAGGAAUCAGGUUUCUCCCAUUCAGCCUUUACAUUUGGAAUAGAGAGUCAUAUUAGCCAAUCCAACAUCAAUGGAACACUAGUGCCACCUGCCGCCCUCAUCUCCAUACUUCAGAAAGGCCUGCAGUAUGUGGAAGCAGAGAUAAGCAUCAACGAGGAUGGUACAGUGUUUGAUGGCAGACCUAUAGAAUCACUGUCGCUGAUAGAUGCAGUAAUGCCGGAUGUAGUGCAGACCCGGCAGCAGGCUUUCAGGGAGAAAUUAGCUCAACAGCAAGCUAGUGCUGCACCAGCCAUAGCAACAACAGCUGCUGCAGCAACCACAGCAACUGCUACAACAACUGCUGUCCCACAGCAGAAUACACCAAAGAACGGAGAAGCCACUGUGAAUGGAGAGGAGAAUGGGGCGCAUGCAAUAAAUAAUCAUUCAAAGCCAAUGGAAAUUGAUGGUGAUGUUGAAAUUCCACCUAACAAAGCAACAGUCCUCCGGGGCCAUGAGUCAGAAGUGUUCAUUUGUGCCUGGAAUCCUGUCAGUGAUCUGCUAGCAUCAGGAUCUGGAGAUUCUACUGCCAGAAUAUGGAAUCUCAAUGAAAAUAAUAAUGGUAGCUCCACUCAAUUAGUUUUGAGACACUGUAUAAGAGAAGGAGGGCAUGAUGUCCCCAGCAAUAAGGAUGUGACAUCAUUGGACUGGAAUAGCGAUGGAACAUUACUGGCUACAGGAUCAUAUGAUGGCUUUGCAAGAAUAUGGACAGAAGAUGGAAAUCUUGCAAGCACCUUAGGUCAACAUAAAGGGCCUAUAUUUGCUUUGAAAUGGAAUAAAAAGGGAAAUUAUAUUUUAAGUGCUGGUGUUGAUAAAACCACAAUAAUCUGGGAUGCUCACACAGGGGAAGCUAAACAGCAGUUUCCUUUCCACUCAGCCCCUGCCCUGGAUGUAGACUGGCAGAACAACACUACUUUUGCGUCUUGCAGCACUGACAUGUGCAUACAUGUAUGCAGACUUGGCUGUGAUCGUCCAGUUAAAACUUUUCAAGGCCAUACGAAUGAGGUUAAUGCAAUCAAAUGGGAUCCCUCUGGUAUGCUUCUAGCGUCCUGCUCAGAUGAUAUGACAUUAAAGAUUUGGAGUAUGAAGCAAGAUACAUGUGUACAUGACCUACAGGCACAUAACAAAGAGAUUUACACUAUCAAAUGGAGUCCAACGGGACCAGGUACCAGCAACCCAAACUCCAAUAUUAUGUUGGCAAGUGCUUCAUUUGACUCUACUGUUCGAUUGUGGGACGUUGAUAGAGGAGUCUGCACUCACACGUUAACGAAACAUCAAGAACCUGUCUACAGUGUAGCUUUUAGUCCUGAUGGAAAAUACUUAGCAAGUGGGUCUUUUGACAAAUGUGUCCAUAUAUGGAAUACUCAGAGUGGAACUCUAGUACAUAGCUACAGAGGCACUGGGGGUAUAUUUGAAGUCUGCUGGAAUGCUAGAGGAGAUAAAGUGGGAGCCAGUGCAUCAGAUGGAUCGGUUUGUGUUCUAGACUUGCGAAAGUAAAUGUUUUAGAAGAAAUUGCAAAUGGACCAGCAUUGAAUGUGUGGGUAGAAGCACUCUUCAAAACUAUUUUUGAACAUCUCUAGAACUGCAAGAACUGGGGGAAACAUACAAAUGGGAAAAAAAUCCUAGAGUAUACAACAAAAGCAACUCUCCCAGGCAACAGUGGCCUGCAAUGUUUUGUCCAUACCUGCACCAAGGAGUUAAAACACAAUCAUGUAGGGGGAGGGAGUGGGGACCAUUUCCACCAGGAACCUUCAGCCUUUGGAAGCAAGCAAGCAGGAGUCUGCCACAAGCUAAUCCCCUGCAGUUUGGUUUGGGUCUCUGAGAAUGUGUUCUGAUGGCUGCAGAAGAGAAAAGGAAAAGCUGUGCCAAAUAAUUGAUGAUGAUUAUGAUGGUGAAGAAGAAGAAGAAAAACAAAACAAAAACCUAUAAAGCAAAAUGCUUUGAUAAACCAAAACAGGAAAAAGAAUUCUCCUCCAUGUGCUAUUGUAUUUUUUCCCUUCCAAUCUGGACACUACAGUUGCUCUCCCAAAGGACAUUCAAAGACAGUUUGUACUGAUGUCACACACAAACUUUGUAAUCACAACACUUUCUAUUUUCUAGACUACUUUUGUUUGUUCAGUGGUUGUUUUUUUUCCUAUCAGCUGGAAUAUAUAACUUUGAGGAUCACAGGCAUAGGUUUGAACUGAGUUUCUUUCUUUUCCUUCUGUGCCCCCCCCCCUUUUUGGUAUGUCUAUUUUGCUUUGCUUUUUUGCCCUUUAUGCCUACAGUAAAUGUAGCCAGGUGGGUAUAAUGAAAAUGUGUAAGAGACUGCUUCUCUCCUCCUCUUUCUCCCCUUUCAUCUGUCCCUUUUCUUUUCCUCCCAGCUGCUUCUUCCUUUUUAAAUAUCUCCAUGCUUCACAUCUUAGUGUCUCAAGGGCACUUUCAACAAAUUGUGUAAUAAGUGCUUUAUGUAAGAAUGCAGUGCCGGGAAAGAUUUUUACAGGGGAAAGAUGACUUUUUGAAAAAGAAAGAACCCAAUGUAUUUUUGAAAGGAAAAAAAAAGUCAUAGUAUUUUUUAUGUUAAUCACAAUUUAGAAGCUUAAAAGCUCUGCCAGAUAUAGGCUGGAUUGUAUUAGUAAUUUGAAAGAACAAUUCAGAUGGAUCCUAAUAAGCCUUUAAAGAUGCAGUCUCUUCAUUUAUCUUUUCCACAUGAAAGGCAAUUUGUUAAAACAUAUUUCAUAAUCUUUUUAAAAUGAACUCUGCUAAGCUAAAAUACUUUUGUGGCUUAAAUGUAUUGGCAGAUAUUAGUGGUGUCAUUUUAACUAGAGUUAAACUAGGUGUCAUUUCUUUUUUUAAAAUAAAAUCAUACAUCUAGCUACAAACAAGUAAAAAAUGCCCUACCAUUUUUUCUUGCAGAACUAGCAUAUGAUCUGAUUUGUUCAGCAUGGGCAAUGACAUUUUAAUUCUGUUCUAAAUAAGAAAAAGAACUAAUCCUGGAUUUUACAAUGCAUAGACGUUUUAUUACUUACUGACCACCUUUGUUAAGAAAAGGUGCUUCUGCAGGAGAGAUUUGCAGUGUAAUUCACCUUUACAACUACUUCAGAACCCCAAGAUACUACAAAUGGCAGUCCUGUAAACGCUUGCCUGAAGGGAGUCUUAGCACUGGGAGUUUUUUAUUGUGAUGACAUACAUAGGCUUACUAUGUAAGAGGUAUUAAAAUUAGAAUGCAAGUAUAGAUACAAGCCAGUGGACAAUUGCUGGAGCAUCAAAAAGGGGAAUCUUUUUUCCCCUUGUACUCCACUACUAAUUCUGGAAUAUUACAGUUCUCACUUCUGGAUUUAUCUUUAUUCAAUACAGUUAUCACUCUGAAUAGGUUAACAACCUCUCCAUAAAAGGAGGAUACUGCAUCUUUAACAUGGUAAACACUGGGUCCCUAUACAGGAUCUCAGAAGUCCUGUUAUUUCCAGAGUUCAACAAGUAUUAGUCCCCUAAUACAUAUAAGAAAUUGCAUUUUUAUUUUAAAAACGAACUAGCUAACUUUAGAGUCAAGUGAAGUGCACUUUGUUACAUGUAAGGGUCAUUUUCGUUUUCAGGGGUUUCUACUUUUGUUCUCUUUCUCUUUCUUUUUUUGCCUUUUAAAAUGUGGUUGUCAAUUGCAGAAUUGUUCUUUCAUCCACCCAUGGAUAGUUUGAAUCUGGCUUCUGAAGUUUUAUUGUCUGUGUCAGACUUGAAGCCAGGCUUGGUUCUCAUUUCAUCAUUUCCUAGGUUCUGUUGAGACAACAUCUCCGCCCUGUCCAUUUUGUCUAUCACCCCAUUCCUCUCAGACACACACACUGACUCACUCACUCUGCAACUGAUCACCUUGUGUGUUAUAGUUCAUUUGUUCCAAGGAGAGAAUCAACAGAUCAUAUUCAGUGUUUUGAAUAAAUUGCUAUAUUUUGAUAUUAGAAAACUA